GCCAAGCCGUGCCGGGCCGCCCCGCGUGGGCGGGCUGCGCUGCUCUAUAAGGCGGCCCCACGGCGGCGAGCGGCGCGGUGCCAUGUGCGCCCCGGGGCUGCUCUGCCGCCUCCUCCUCCUCCUCCUCCUCCUCCUCCUCUUCCUCCUCCUGCUGCCGCCUGCCCCCGGAGCGGCCCCGCCGGGACGGCCCCGCGCCCGCCGCGGGCUCACCUACCCCGGGACGCUGUGGUGCGGGGCGGGCAGCAACGCCGACAGCUACGAGCAGCUGGGGGAGCACCGGGACACGGAUCGCUGCUGCCGGGAGCACGACCACUGCCAGCACGUCAUCCACCCGUUCACGGCGCGCUACGGCUACCGCAACCUGCGCUGGCACACCAUCAGCCACUGCGACUGCGACCGCCGGUUGAAGCAGUGCCUGCGGCGGGUGAACGACACGGCCUCGCGCGCCGUGGGCCAGGCCUUCUUCAACGUCAUCCAGGUGCCCUGCUUCGAGUUCACCUACAGGGAGGAGUGUGUGGAGCCCUAUCUCUAUGUCUGGUGCAGGGCGUACAACACGGUGGCCGUGGCGGUGCCCCGAGAGCCGGCGCUGUAUGAGUUUGGGGGGGAGCUCAUCGACAGGGCAGCCAGGCCCAGGGGAGUCCCCCUGAGCCCCCCGCGGGAUCAUCGUGAGCUCCCAGUGGAUCAUCACACCGGGACAGCCCCCAAGGCAGGCAAGAAAGAGAGGAAGAGGAAGAAAGAUAAGAAGAAUAAGGGGAAAGGUCUGAAAAAGAAAGGCUCUUCUGAAAAGGGGGCACGGAGCCGUCCUGCUGGCCCUGCUGAUCCCUGGGCCCUGCUGCCAUCAUCCAACACCAUCCUGAGCGAUGCCCCAGCACGGGAGGGAGUGGGCAGGGAGCCAGUGCCAGCCACUCCCUCCCCGGUGCCCACCACCAGCGGGAAGAGGAGGAGGAAGGAGAGGAACAGAAAGAAGAGGCUGAAAAGUAAAACUGAGGCUGAGCCUGCAUGAGAGGUGCAGGUCUGAGUCCUUCCCUGAACCCUGCACGGGUCCUGGCUGUGAAAUAAAUUCACAUCUGC